AUGCACACCAUACCACUCUUCAACGGUCAAGAUUCCUUUUGCGGCUUUCCUCCGAACCGAUCUCCACCGUUGGAUCAUCCACCCCCUCCCACAGAGCUUAACCUAACCAUGCUUCCGAUUCUCCUUCUUCUUCUCUAUAAAUCAUCAGCGACUUUUGUUCCGACGACGAUUGUAGUAUCCUUAUUUGCUCAAGAAUCGCCCUCUCCCUCUCUCUCCUACAGAGCUUCCUAA